GUUCAUUCCGCCGGCCGCGGGGGCUGUGCCCAGCUGACGCAGACCCUGGCCGUGCCCUCUCGCGUGGCACAGACGGCUCCGGCCGCGCGCCUGGCCGCCUGGGGCUCGGAAGGGAAGGGAGUAAACAAUGAGCCAGCUGGCUGAGGGGCUCGUCCGGCCGCCCUGCCUGUGCUGAGAGCCUGGUCUCUGGGCGUCUCAGACAGCACAGCCCAGGGGCUAUCUGCAUAGCGCUGGGCAGGUCAGCUGCAGCCAGUGACAGCCCGGGCUCGCGGCCAGUGGGGCUUUGCUUCAUACCCAAUCCCCUGGACAUGAUGGGCAGAGUGAGGGGCACAGGGGAACGACCCCAGUAAUGACAGGCGAGGCCCCGUCCAAGGCGGCAGGGAAGUGCUGGCUCUAGUGCGAAAAUGCCAACCAGAGAUGGGGAUUUUCCCUCCGGGUUCUCAGCGUGUGGCCAACGCUGAAGAUUAGCCCACAGACCUGGCCGCUUUCACCGCCCGCUGCUCUUCCGGAAUGUAACUAAGGUCCUGAAGCCACUGGUGGGUCUCAGUCCAGCUCCAAGGGCCCGUCCUAGGGAAACCUGGGCAGUAGCUGGCACCCCGUUGGCACAGCUGAGAUGUCAGGGUCCAGCAAGGCCAUUGCAGAGCGCGGCUGCAGAGACCAAAGGUCACCCCCAUGGUGGACAGCUGUGGCUCCAAGCAGACUUGGCUUUUGGUGUUAUGCAGUGCUUGGGUAAAAAUCACAGCUCUUGAACGUAAGCUCUUGUUGCUUGAAUGCAAAGGACAACGCAGCUAUGUGGAUUCCACUCGCCCCUGCAGCUGGGCCCUGCGGCGCUGGGCACAACCCGCUUUAUCCAGCCUGUAUCUGUUGGGCGACAGAGGACGCCAGUCGGCAGGCCUGUCCGCCCAGCACCUUCCACCAGCAUUGAAUUUCUGUUUGAAAGAAAACCCAAGAAUGGAGUGACGCGAUGCUGUCGUCAGAGCCAGCCAGACCCAGGCAGACAGGGGCUGCGGAGCAGAUCAACACCAACAGGAAAUCUUUUGUGCAAACACCGCGAGCAAAGCCAAAGUGACACUCCGCUGGUCGGCGGAACAGCCCUGCCUUUGUCCAGGUGCAGCAGGUGAAGCAAAUUGGCUUCUAGCGACUCCCCUUGCCAAGAGGGACCCCUGCUGUGGAAUCCACCACAACAGGGGCGGGAGCUCAGUGCCCCCACUGCCUGGCUCUGGGCCAGUGCCCACGCUUUGGAUUCUUUCCUUAUAUCCUUGGUUGCUGUUGGAGGAGAAAGUGGGUCAGCGGGCGAGUGAAUUGGCCGGUCCCAAGGUGGCUGGCAGAGCGUACCCCAUGGGCACCUGCUAUUGGGGUCCACAGCUUUUCAUUCACAUUGGGCAACCCCUGCUGGAGGAUCUCGGGGUACGUCCCCGGAACACCUCUGCACCGGGCCAUGCAAUUCCCCCCACCCCCGAGCUCUUUUGCCAGAGCCACCGACUUCCAGAGCAUUAUCAGGAAACCUGGCGUGAGCUGAGAGCCCCACGAGCAAGGCAGCUGCACGCCAGCCUGCCAAGGGAACGCAGGCUGCUCUCAGGGGGGCCCGUUCCCAGCCGUCCCCGCCAGGCUGGCUCUGCUUCUGCACUAACUGCCUUUGGAGGAGCAGCAAGGGCUGCAGCAAGUUCCAUCUCCCCUGGGGCUCCCUGUAAUUGUUCCCAGUGAACUCAGCCCGGCAUCGGGCUCUUUGUUUGCACCUGGUACAAACACCUGCAGCGGCCGGGGCUGGGGGAGGGGCCCUUCCGCUUCACCCAGGGUUUGCAGAGGAAAGCAGGACAGACACCUGCCCAGCACAGAGCAAGCCCUGCGAUCCAUGGAGCUGCUGCCCGAGCCAGGCAGGCCCUCCCCGGCACGGCGGAGCCAGGGUGCUAAAGCCCCAGGGACUGUAUUCGCUCAAGGGCCCUUGCUCGCUGUGGGCCUCCUGCAGUGCAGCGGUAAGGUUUGCAGAGGUAUCAACGUCCCUACAUAAAACCAUGCAUGGAAAUGCACCGAGCAGGGAGCUAGGCCGACGCAUGCAGGGAAUGAGGGGCUUCUAUGGAGUGGUGCGUGCAGGGAGCCCAGGAGCCGAAGGGGGAUGCACCAAGCCUUCACUUCCAAGAGCACAAGCACCGGGCGCUAACUGAACUGUUCCCAGCUGACACAAGCCCUGUGUCUGGACAGGGCGCGUCACACGACAGCCAAAUUCUAGAGCUGCAUUAGACACGGGAAAAAACUCUCUUUCAAUGAACCCUGGUGAAACCUCCCCAAAGGCCCAACAAGAACGGAGCUGGCUGGUCCCGAUCAGUCAAAUGACCCUGGAAAAGUGAGGAAACCAGCCGUCACGUAGGGCGAACGCUCCACUGGUGUGGGAAACGUCAGGUGUAUCGCAGGCGUCCUGUGGAUCCAGCUCGGGGUCGGGGCCCUCCAUGGAGCUGGGCACAGGAACUCCCGCAGCCAAGGGCGAGUCCCUGCCCCAAAGAGCUUCCAACCCCGGUAGUAACAGAGCCGGGGCCUACGCCAACCUGAUUACAGAACAAGCCCCACCUGAGGGGCCCGGACACUGCCUUAUAAAGGGCAGAAGGUGGCUGCAGCGGAGAGGGAGAGCCUGGCUUGAGUGGGGAUGAAGCCCAGCUGUGGGGGAGAACCAGGAAGAGACGUACCGAGGUCAGAAGCCGGGGACAGGGAAAGGUGCAGAACUCACUGCUGCAGCACGGACAGCCAGGUAAAUCUACAACUCUUCAGGUGCACGGAGCGCUGGAGACUGCAGAGAUGUGGGUUUCCUUUCUGGGACGGGCUCCCUCGCAGAGACCACCUGAAAAGCUGCUUCUGCAGCAUUCGGAGCUUUUCCGUGGACCUGACAAAAGCAGAUUUUAGCCACCAUCUAAGCCAUUCGGACACCCGAGGAGAUGGCUCUCAGACUGAUCCCCAGCAGAGCGACGGAGAGCCCUGCGCUGCGGGGGGCUCAGAGCCUUUGAAAGACACAAAGCCCCCCUUUUCCAAGCACCCAACGCUGCUUCCCCCCACUAACUGCUGUAUGAGUGGCUGCCACAACUGCGUUUGGAUUGCAUAUGUAGAGGAGCUGCAGAAACACUACCAGGAUGGGGGGGAACAGGCCUUAGCAGCUGUGGAAAAGCACAUAGACGAUGAGAACAUUAAAAUGAUUUUAAAGAUGGAAAUCAGAUUCCGCAUGAAGAAAGACUGAUGCUCACAGCCUGCACUGCAUGGCUCCUCUUCUCCCGUGGCACUACAAACUCCAGAGAGAGAGCGAGCCCAGAUUUAUUUAUUGUCCCUUCUCCAAAAAGGCUCCUCAUUUAACAUCGUUUGUCCAUCUCCUUUUAAGCUCGAGAACCCAGUUUGACGACCAGUUGGUAAAGGAUUGCCAUUAUUUAUUGGUAUGAGUUACAGUACUUGGCGGAAAUUCGGUGAGAAUAAAUUCAUACCCGUGUGCUUAAAAAUGGGAA